GGCUUGCUCGGAGACAUGGACUCUCCAGGUUAUGGAACUGCAGCAAUGAGGAGAGGAAGCUAUGAUGAUGCUGCAACCUCUCUACGCCCCCACCUCAGACACUUGGCUCAUAGGCGGCGCUCUGCUCCAUCACUGGUCUUUGGGAAGGCGUUGGGGACAUGGUCUCCAAUCAGGGAGGAGGCUUCCUGCUGGGUCUCCGUGGAGCAGAGUCCGUUCGUCCUCGGCCUCACCAGUGAGAACGGAGAGCUGCUGCUGGACGAGUGUGUUCAGGUCACCGAGGGCUCAAAGACCAAGGACAGGCACCUGUUCCUCUUCAGCGAUGUCAUUGUCUUCGCUAAACUCAAGUCGAAUUCCAGCUACCGUCUGAAGCACCGAGUGAGCCUCGAGGACAUCUGGCUUUAUGGUUUUGAAGAUGAAUCUGAGGAUGAGGAGGGAUCGAUGGGUGAUAUUGACCUCAGGGUGACCCUCGUCUUGGCCUGGGCCCUCACCUUUUGUUUGGUGUGUUUUCGCUCGCCUGAGGUGAAAGAACGCUGGUUAGAUACACUUCACAGAAAAAUUAAAGACGCAAAAGCGAGGGUUGGUUGUGCUUCUUCACCUCCAGACGUCCUCAUGAAGGUGUUGAGUGGCAGCAUCACAACUAAAACUCUAACAGGAGGUGGCAUGGAACAAUUCAUUGAGUUUCCACUUGAUGGCGAUGUAAAGAUUGCUGCUCCAGCAAAGCACUUGAAUAACCAAGAUGACAAGCAGCCCAAUGAAACCAGGUGGGGCCUGGUGAGGAGGCUCAGAAAAGGCUCUAGUUUCAUCAAAGCACGCCGAUCGGAUACCGACACCAAGACACAGCUGUUUGGACAGUCCCUCUGCAAGAUAUGCCCAGAUGAUUGCUCACUCCCCAAACCAGUUGCAGAGAUGCUGGUGUUGCUAAGGAAGAAGGGUCCGUCCACAGAGGGAGUGUUUCGGAAGCCGUGCAACAGCAAGAACAUGAGGGACAUCAGGGAGCAGCUCAACAGCGGCCUGGAGGUGGACCUGGAGGGUCAGCCGGUCCUUCUGCUCGUCGGGCUGCUCAAAAGUUUUCUGAAGGAACUUCCUGGCAGCCUGCUGGUGUCUGAACUUUAUGACAACUGGAUGACGGCUCUGGACAAUGAAGACGCCCAACAGAGAGCUCUGGAAAUCAGAAAGGUGGUAGACACGCUUCCCGGGGCCAACAAACUCCUCCUGCAGCAUCUAGUCUGCGUCCUCCAUCACAUCCUCGAGAGUGCUGACACCAACAAGAUGGACGCCCACAACCUGGCGGUGUGUAUCGCCCCCACGCUGCUGCAGGCGAACGACACCCCGCUGGAUGAGCAGAAGGAAAGGAUUGAAAAGGUCACAGAGCUAACUCAGUUCAUGAUUGAGCAUUGUGAGAUCCUUGGAGACAAUAUCCCAAAUCUGCUGGAUACUGAUGAAGACUCACUGUCCUCUCAGCAUCAUGACUCUGCGUAUGACAGCACCGACCCAGAUGGAGAUGGAGAGGCGGGCGAGAGUGCCAGCUCCACACAUGGAGAGAGUGACUCAUCUUCCUCCCUCAGUCCCAGCUUCACCGAAUCCUUCAGGUCGCAGCCAACAUUCAACCGUCGCUGCUCUGAGCCCAUCAUCCACCUCUCACCUCAUCUCAAGACCCUGUGCAACCACGCCAGGAGCAACGAAGACUGCUCGAUGGAGAGGAGGGACUUUGAGGAGCAGCCUCUGAAGAAGCAGAUCUCAGAUGACUCCUUCUUGCUCAGAGGAGUGAGGCCGGUUUUGUCUUUUCCAAAACUGAUCAGCAGCUCCAACAUGGAUCCGCUACCUUACAUGACAGGCAAGGACUGCUCAUGCUCUUCCCUCGAGAGCGCUGCCUCUAAUCAGUCGGAAGGGUCUGUUUUCGCCAGUUCCCCUGUGGGGUCGCCAACCUGCCCCAGGAGAGCAAACACCACCAACCAGCCUUCAGGAGUUGCAAAGGUUCACCAGGACAUUGCCAAACCGAUUUCAGAUGAGAAGAGGCGUUCACAGUCUAUGAGGGUUGGCAGUAAAGUCCUAAUGAGGACCAGGAGCUUAGUAACUUUCAGCAGGAGCAGCCUGAAGAAAGACUCUCAGAAGGAAAACUCCUUUCCUUGUGAAACUCUCCAGGAGGACUCUCAGAGUGAAGCAGAUCCACCAGCCGAGCUUCUACAGAAACCGCGCCCUCUGUCGGCCAUUGAAGUGUUUAAACAUGUGGACAGCAGGCUGCCCUGCAGGCCUCCGCCAUACGAGCAUGCAGUGCAGAACGUGUGUCCUCCUCCACAGUAUCGAUCAAUGACUGUACACGAUGCCAAAGAGCUGGAGAGAAGGUCCCGUCCAUCCUCUGUAAACUAUGACUUCCCACCUACCUGUGCUGUCGAUCAGUACAACGUUGUCGAGCGGCCGCAGUCUUUCCGCCAGAGAGCUAUGUCUGAGUCUGUGUCUGCAGGUCAUCACGAGGUUGUGUCACGGAGAUGUAGCCAGCCUGUGUUUGAGGAGUUUUCUUACAGCAAGGAGUCUUACGUCUGAUUGACUUUGGAACUUUUCCACAGAUGGGAUUUUAGAUAUACAAACAUUUAUCAGAGUUAAAUAUCAGUGGGCAAAGCCAAAGGACCAGUUUUCAAGCAGCAUAGCAAGCUUUAGCCAGGCUCUUUGUAACUUAGAGAAUCUAAUAUGGCUGGAAUUUAUGUUUUAAAAGCAAAAGAGCUUGGCUUCAUUAUGGUAGCCACUUCCUCUCCUACUCCUUCCCUUUUCACUGUUCUUUCGUUGGUUAAGCAAAGAGAGACUACAGUAUUUUAAAGGCUCUGCCCACCGAGCAGCUCUGUGUUAGAGAAAUGCUUGUAUAUGUACAUAAAGUUCAAUCUGUUCACGGUUCACUGUUUCACUUUGAAUGAGUAUCAGCUAUGUGCCGCCUCUAUGGAGGCACUUUCUCAGUAGUACUAUUUAGAGUACGGCAUUUAUAAAAUAUGUCAUUAUCAUGAUAGAUAUCCAGUCUAUCACAAUGAAGCUAUGAAAACACAGUUAACUGUGGAUAAAAUAUGCUAUGAUUUGUUUGUUUUCUAUGUUUUGUUUGACAGUUUCUGUUGACCUAUGUACAGUAUAGCAAGUUGAGCACAAAGUGUUUGUUUUGGCUUUUUGUAAAUCCUCUUCACCUUGCAUGGCCUUUUUCCUUCACUACAUUAAAGCACUUUUCUGAUGAUGA